CAAGUAAGAUAUGAUAUUUUUUCAACAUAAUCAACUUAGAACUUUUUUGAGAUGAAUUCGUAAAGUUGUUUUCUAUUUACUUAACCCUGAUUUGUCUUAAUAUCCGGAAGCCUAAUUAGGAUGAUUUUGUACUUUCAGAAUCUAAUCUUGGUCAAUGGUCGUAAUAUUUCUUUAAUUGUUCAUCAGAUAAUAAACAGUAGAAAGGUAUGAAAACGAAAGUGGUGUUGCGUGCAUUGAAAAGAACACAAGUGAUGUUAGAUAAACUGUCAUUGUGCAGCUCAGUUUUGUCUAUAAAUCCUAAACUCAGAAAUUAUCUAGAGAUUUCAACCUUUCACUCAUUUGUAUUCUAUUACAAAUCAUUGAGUUUAGAAAUAAAAUUUGCAGCUGAGAAUGGUAUUUUGCGGUGACGACGUUGCCACAGGGGUGAGAGAUGCUAUCACUUAUUGUUACAGAUGCAAAGGCAGAAAAGUUACACUUUCUGAUCACGAAGCCGAUGAUGAUAACAAGCCUAUCGGGGAUUUUGACUACGACCAUGAAGUUGUUGUUUUCGAGAUCAGAAGUCGGGCGAUGGAAAAACUAAGGAAGAAGCGAAGGACAGGAAUGGAGGGGCUAACUUACAAAUUCGUAAAAGAAUAUGACAUCGAAAACGAAUUCUGUUCGGUAAGAAGCAGUUUUUCGGAAUGUUGCAUGAGUGAUAUCAGCAUAGAAGGAUACAUGACAGCGAAAACUGAGUUCUCAAGGAGUUCAAGCUUGAAAGGUUUAGAGCUGGAGAAUCAAUGGAAGAUGCAUUACGUUAAUGAAAUUAAGAAAGGAUCAGUGAUUCAAGAGUUCUGUCAUUGCCAAGGAUGGCCAUUUGGAUUGGGACGAAAAGCUGCGUUGCUUCCACCGCUUCCAAAGUCACCUGCAGAGUCAUGGUCUUGGAGGAAGCCUACAAGAGUUACUCCAGUUCCUUUUGUUUGACAAAAAGGUAGCUCAAAAUAUUGAAUCAUUAUAAACAAAAGAUCUCUCAUAAAAGGAAACAGUAACAAAUGAACACAAAUUCAUGUGAGUUUAUUUUUCAAUUGGUGUUAAGCUCUAAAUUUUAAAGCUUCAUUUGGAGGAAACAAUGAACAGACUCACCUGAUA